ACGGCUUGCAGCUUAAGCGGGGCCGCGGUCUGAGGAAUGUGAACUAUUCAACAUGGAGGCGGAGGUCGAUAAGCUGGAACUCAUGUUCCAGAAAGCUGAUUCUGACCUGGAUUACAUUCAGUACAGGCUGGAAUAUGAAAUCAAGGCUAAUCACCCUGAUUCAGCAGGCAAGAAAAAUCCAGUUACACUUUUAAAGGAAUUGACAGCCUUAAAGUCUCGAUAUCAAACCUUAUAUGCACGUUUUAAGCCAGUCGUUGUUGAGCAGAAAGAGACUAAGAGCCGCAUUUGUACUACUUUGAAUAAGACCAUGACCAUGAUACAAGAACUACAAAAGCAUACAGACCUAGAGCUUUCUUCUAAAUGUUGGCUCUUCCCAUGGACUCCCACCCUCCUGCCUCUGUCUUCUGAGUGAUAGAACUUCAGCCUCUGUAUUUAGUUGUCAAUGUGAAUUAAUUUCAUCAUUUGGCCUUUGUGCCUUUGUAUAGUUCACAUUGAUGAAGAGAGAUCUAUGUUAGGAAAAAUUGAAUUGGAAUCGGAUUGUGAUGUCUCUGAUAAUGUGGGGAACUACAUUUUCCAGAAUCCAUUUCUCUUACAGUUAUGUUACAAUUUGUCACUAGUCGAACUUGCGUGAGAGUUGGAAGUCAAAGUUGAAGAAGUCCUUAGUUUUUUGUAUGCCAGACCUGGGGCUGGAACUCAGGAAAUGGGAGAGGUCCCUGAGCUAGCUGCUCAAUGCUGGCACUCUACUACUUGAACCACAUCUCUGCUUCUAGCUUUUUGUUGCUUUGUUUUUGAGUUUUA